AUGGCUCCAGCCCAAUUGCGUCUCGUCUUUCUAACUAUUUUCCUACGUUUCAUAGCUGCACAACAAAAUGAUGGUUCUGUAUCUGUUGGUGCAUCACUCACAGCCACAUCCGAUGUGAAACCAUGGCUUUCAUCUUCUGGUGAAUUUGCCUUUGGGUUCAAACAAGUUCAGGGUAACGAUAAUUUCUUGUUAUCCAUAUGGUACGAGAAGAUACCUGACAAGACCAUCGUCUGGUAUCCAGAAGAAGGUCGGAUGGUGCCUACAGGAUCCAAAGUUGAGCUACUUCGUGAAAGUGGACUCGUACUCACUGAUCCUCAGGGCACACAGGUAUGGAGAUCUGGGUCCAUUUCCGCUGUAGCAUCAGGUUUUAUGAAUGACACAGGUAACUUUGUGGUUUUUGGUAGCAAUUCUCGCAAGUUAUGGGGUAGUUUUGAUUUUCCAGCAAACACCCUGUUGCCUACUCAGGUUAUGGAGAGAGGUGGAGGGAUGAAGUCAACAACCAGUGCAACAAACUUCUCUGGUGGACGAUUCCAGUUACGUUUCCAAGAAGAUGGAAAUCUUGUUCUUAACACUCGAGAUAUACUUUCAGGUAAUGCUUAUGAUGCUUACUAUACCAGUGACACUGAUGAUGCCACCAAUUCAACAAACUCCGGUGAACAAGUGAUCUUCGAUGCAACGGGAUACAUGUAUAUAUUGAGAAGAAAUGGCCAACGAUUUGAUCUUACUCCAAGAGGCUCACUUCCUUCUGGAGAUUAUUAUCACAGAGCUACUCUAGACUCUGAUGGGGUUUUUCGCCAAUAUUACUUCCCGAAGAAUCCCACCUCCAAUACAACUUGGAAAGUUAUAUGGUUCGUGCCACGUGACAUAUGUAAUAUAGGUGGGAAUCUAGACAGUGGAGCUUGUGGGUAUAACAAUGUUUGCAGCCUUAAAGAUAAUCGCCCAAACUGUGAAUGCCCACAGGGGUUCUCAUUGCUUGAUCCAAAUAAUCCAAAUGGUGAUUGCAAGCCUGAUUUCACUCCAACAUGUGAUGAAGUUGACUCCAUUGAUUUCAUCGAGCUCGAUAAUAUUGAUUGGCCAAACUCGGACUAUGUGCACAUGAAGCCCAGUGAUAAUGACACCUGCAAAAGUUCCUGCUUGGAAGAUUGUUUCUGUGCUGUUGCAAUAUACAGGGACAACGAAUGUUGGAAGAAGAGGCUUCCACUCUCUAAUGGGAGGGAGCGUGAUAAUGUUAAGGCAUUCGUGAAAUACCGGGUAGGUGAUCGUCCUCUUCCGAACACUCCUCUUCAAAUUCCUCCUCCUCAAUACCCUCCUCGGCUCCCAGGAGAAAAAAAAGAUGGAACAAGUCUGAUAGUUGUCGGAUCGGUUCUCUUAGGCACUUCGGUGUUUGUAAUCUUUGUGUUGAUUGGUGUGAUUUGUGUGGGUUUCUUUGUAAUAUACAAGAAGAAGCCGAGAAACACAUAUUCAAUAAUUAAAGAUGUUGAAACCAAUCUGCCUCGGUUUACAUAUCAAGAGCUAGUUGAAGCUACAGAUGGAUUCAAAGAUGAAUUAGGUAAGGGUGCUUUUGGGACAGUCUAUAAAGGUGUGAUAGGAAAAAGGAUAGUGGCAGUGAAGAAGUUGAAUACAGUGGUUCAAGAUGGCGAAAAAGAAUUCAAAACCGAGGUAGAUGUAAUUGCAAGGACUCAUCAAAAAAAUUUGGUGCAGCUUCUUGGGUACUGUGAUGAUGGUGAGCAGCGGGUAUUGGUUUAUGAGUUUAUGAGCAACGGCACAUUAGCGGAGUAUCUUUUUGGGGACACAAAGCCGACAUGGAGACAGAGGAGUUUUAUUGCUGUUGGGAUUGCUAAGGGACUCGCAUACCUUCAUGAAGAGUGUAGCACCCAGAUCAUUCACUGUGACAUAAAGCCUAAGAAUAUACUUCUUGAUGACUACUUCAAUGCUAAGAUUUCUGACUUUGGAUUAGCGAAGCUGUUGAUGAUGAAUCAAAGUCAUACCAACACUGGAAUAAGAGGAACAAAAGGAUAUGUUGCUCCUGAAUGGUUUAGGAACAUGCCAGUCACAGUAAAGGUUGAUGUGUACAGCUUUGGUGUGUUGCUGCUAGAGAUCAUUUCAUGCCGAAAGAGCUUGGUUUACGAGAGUGGUGAGAAAGGGGUGGCGGUUUUAACUGAUCUUGCCUGGGAUUGCUAUCAAGAAGGUCGACUGGAUACAUUUGUUGAGAACGAUCUGGAAGCAUUUGAUGACUACAAGAAACUUGCAACUUUUGUCAUGGUUGGCCUGUGGUGUGUACAAGAGAACUCAUUCUUGAGGCCAACCAUGAGGAAGGUGAUCCAGAUGCUUGAAGGAGGAAUUGAGGUGGCAGAACCUCCAUGUCCAUGCUCUGUCUCCAGUUAUUGA